AUCCAGCAGAAACAAAACACCGACAGCAAAGCGUCCACCCACCGAACAACUCUCAUGACCCCACCCAACACUCCUCAUCAUCUCAAACGCUGUCGUUUAAACCCAUUUCACAAAUUAAAAACUCCCCAACCCAAACAAACCCAAACAAUUGUAAAUUCCAUUCCCAACAAACAGGGGUACACCACACCACACCACACCGCACCGCAUGACCAACCUCGCCGUCCCCCUCCUCCUCCUAACGGCGGCGCUAACCCUCUCCGCCGAACCAACCGCCUACGAAGCCCUUCGAAACUUCAAUUUUCCAGAGGGAAUUCUCCCACAAGGCGUAACACGCUACGAACUCGACGAAUCAAGUGGCAAUUUCCGCGCCGAUCUGAACGGUUCGUGCCGUUUCUCCUUACAAGGUUCGUAUCAAUUGAGCUACAAUUCAACCAUCACAGGCCACAUAACUGAUAACAAACUUACAGAUCUCAGGGGUAUAAGCGUCAAAGUGCUAUUCUUCUGGGUAAACAUUCUUGAAGUUGUUAGAAAAGGAGAUGACCUUGAUUUCUCUGUUGGAGUCGCUACUGCUUCUUUUCCGUUAGAUAGUUUCUUUGAUUCUCCACAGUGCGGUUGCGGUUUGGAUUGUGAUAUUUUAAGAAUAAGAAAACUCAGAUUGAAUACGAAAAACCCUUCUCUUUCAUCUGCUUAGAUUACAACCAUAAUUUAGUUGCAUAAUGUAUAAUAUCAUUAUGUAUGUAUGUAACUCUGUGUAAGGGAUAGAUCAGAUUAGUAAAUCUGGCGUUGUAAAUGCCAUGUUUGAUUAUAGAUUGGUAGUGGAUUAUGGUUAUUAAUCCUGUUUUUAUAAAUAUAUAUUUGAGUUUAAAUUGUGCUAAAUAUCAUGUGUAUUUGAAUAUUUACAUGUAAUGGUUAAUUAAUAAAGUUAAAAAUGUUGGUUAA